AUGGGAAUGAUGAACCUCAGUCUUGACUCGCACGUGCUCAUAGCAAUAGGAAUGAUGCACCUCAGUCUUGGACUCGCACGUGCUCAAUGCAAUGGGUAUGAUGCACCUGUCUUGGACUCACACGUGCUCAUAGCAAUGGGAGUGUAUGCACCUCAGUACUUGACUCUGCACGUGCUCAUAGAAUGGGACAUGAUGCAGCUCGAUAAUAAAUUGUAUACUCAAAAUGAAAGGGAAUUUGAAGUGUCUUGGGCACAUCUUGGUUUCGACCCUGAUCUUCCAGCAUUCCGAACUGCCCGUCUUAAUUCCGUCUUUGUUAAUGUGGAGGGGAGAAGUUGCACUAGGCGCGCGCGCGGCGCCGCUCACCUGGCGCUUGCGCCUUGGCCCCCGCCGCGGCGGGGGGCGUGGUCGCUGCGGUCGCCAUCACCGCGCGCCGGGCUUGUGCGCGCUGUAGGCGACGGCGUGGCCCACCGGGGCCGAGUGCGCGGUGUACUCGGCGUGAGCGCCCGAGUAGCCCGAGAUGUCGAAAGUGCCUCCGCCGCCGCCGCCGCCGCCGGCCCACCCGCCGCCGUGCACCGGGUACGCCUCGUAGUGGUGCGGGUGCGGCUGCUGCAGCACCUUCUUCACCGCGAUGAAGCCCGAGAUGAGCAGCGAGAGCAGCGACAGCAGGAAGGCCUUCUUGGCCAGGAAGCCGAUGCUCAGGAUUUUGGAGGUGUACUGUUUUCCUUCAUGAUUUCAAAUUGUAUUCGAGCCAAUUUCGAAGACUUGUACUCUCAGAGGCGGUUUAUAACAAGUGUGAACAUAAGAAAUGGAGGAAAUUUUCCUGCCAUUAUUACAACUGAGAGGGAGAGGGGGAGAGAGAGAGAGGGAGAGACAGAAAAGUGGGAGGGAGAGAGAGUAAAUAAGAGAGUAAAUAGUGAUUCUGUCAUAUGGUAG